UUUUGUGUUACGAUCAAGCGAAGAAGACCCCGAGAUGGGUACUGGAACAUUUGACACGAGAUAAAGUGAAAGGCGAGGCGAAUAGGAUACACUCGGCUUUUAAACCUGAUCCAAACAUUCCUGCUGUUUUUCAUUCAAGUAAUGAUGACUACUGGGAUAGUGGAUGGUCAAGAGGACACAUGGCUCCUGCGAGUAACAACAAGUAUGAUCAAGAUGCAAUGAAUCAAACAUUCCUCUUGUCAAACAUUGUGCCACAAAAUCUGGAUAACAAUGCUAACUAUUGGUACAGACUAGAAGCUUACUGCAGAAGUUUAACAAAGAGAUAUUCAGAUGUUUACAUAGUGUCUGGACCACUUUAUUUGCCAAUAGAGAAGGAUGGGAAGAAGAUGGUGCAAUAUGAGGUUAUUGGAGCUAACAACGUUGCAGUGCCAACCCACUUAUAUAAGGUUAUUUUGGCCGAAGACAAAAGCAAGCAUUCAGUUUUAGGAGCUUUCGUCAUUCCUAACGAACCGGUGAACUUUGAGAAAAAGUUGCACGAGUUUCAAGUUUCUUUAGAAGUUUUAGCUCAGUACUCAGGUUUGAUAUUUUUUCCUGAUUUUGUUGCUGAGGAAGCGACUGAUCUUUGUUUAACUGAUGGCUGUAAGAUGCUGUCAAAGGAACGCAUGGAUAUGAUUACGUUUGGCCGUCGUCUUCGAAACGCGCCGAGUUCAGAGUUGUUGGACAAUGUUUGGCGAGAGUUGAAGGAGACCAAUUUGAUACCUGAUUCCUUUACGAUGGAUGUGUAUGAGACAAGGAAAAGAGAACUGCAACAAAAAGAGACCCAAUCCGAAACAGUGAAUAUAGCAGGAGAAGAAGUAAAGGAAAACGAGAUAGAAAAACUAACGUAAUAGAAUUGGUAAUAAGAAGAAAAGUAAUAAAAAUACUGUAUAAGUUUCCAAAUGCGGAAACCGAAGCGGGACGUGUUUCUAGAAAGCUUUAGUAACUUUUUGAAGCCGACUGAGUGCAUUUAAUUCUGAUGUUCAGCGGGUUGUAGCUGAAAAACCUUUCAUUUUUGUAUAUUUUCCUGAUAUUUUUAUUGUUUGACUUUCAAGACUGUUGAUAUCCUUAUGGUUAAAAUAAUCAUGCCAAAGAAAAGUAGCUUUUCGGGUCGUCAACUGCUGGGCAAGAAACAGGCCCUUUCUUUGGGAGUUGGAAUCAUCCCUAGAGGACCAUAUAAUUAUUUUUCUAUGUCCACCGGCUCAUGAACCAUGCUUGACAUGUUUUGUUGGUAGAGAGGAAAAGAAUAUUGGUGGUUUUA